AUGAAGUCCGCCCGCGAUUAUCAGCUAGCUGAACCAGUCGUCACUUGUGUAUCGCCGCCCGUCCAAACGCCGGAGGAAACACGGCAGGGAGAUGACAGCCCCAAGAAAAAGGCCAGGAUAAAGGAGAUUUGGCCGUUGGUGCUCUUGUGGACCUUCAUGGCCAUAUUCGCCAUCCUGUACGCCGUCUACAUCUACAAGACGCUGCUCAGCAGCAAUCCACGCAUUGGCAGCCUUCUACCGUCCGCGUCGGACACCAAUCUGGUCGUCUCCAUUCUCUCUCAGGUGCUCGCAAAUCUGGUCGAUGUAUUGGACUGGUCAGACAAGGCCGAGUUUGUGUACUACUUCCAAGAGACAGCCGAAAAGAUACCCGUAUUCGCAGGGUCAGGGGUGCCCCUUGACGAGACACUACUCGCGCUAGUUCCGGCGUCCUACAUCGGUGUCUUCUUCGUUUCUUGGAUACCGACUCUAUUAGACGUCCCAAAGUAUGCCGUCUCCAUGCCGAUAGACGGAUGCGGCGAGAAUUGCACUUCGGUCUUCCUUCCCGGCGGGAUCGAGACUGCUCGCAAACUGGGCCCGUAUCUGAACAUGACACUCUUGGAAGGGGGGGCGUUCCGGGGGUCUGACACGAUCCAAAUCCACAACGCACCCGGCAUACUCUUGCGUUACGAUGCCCUUCCGGCCAGCUUCGACUUCGACCGGGAAGACGAGUGCCGUCUGUACGGACAGCACCUCAACGACACACUACAGGUCUGCAUCCGGCCGGUCAACGGCUCGCUGGCAGUCGGCUGGGCAGCGUGCCCAACACCGCUCUACCAAACCAACUCCUGCGGCACCAACACGACCUGGCACACCAACGCCCUCCCCAAAAAGCUCCUCAUGACCCGCUACAAACAGUACGCCACCACCGCCUACAACGGGCUCGACUUCUCCAUCCUGCACCGUGCCGGCCUUAUCGAGGGGGUGGGGGAGGUGGUGUUGACGGGGUGGGAGGGGCGGUUCGCGCUGCCGGGGGAUAUGAGUACCACGGCGGUGCGGGGGAGGUCGACGACGAGGUUGUUGGCGUUGAGGUGGGUGGUGUGGGUGUAUUUUGCGUCGGUGGGGGUGGUGGUGGUGGGGGUGGGGGCGGUGAUUGUGGGGAUGGUGGCCAGGAGGGAGGGGGUGCCGGGUUCGAGUGGGUUGGUGGAGGUGGAUGUGGCGGCGAGGUUUGGGGUUGAGGGGUGUGUGGGUGGAGGAGAUAGGGAGAGGGUGGGAGAGGGAGGUGGAGACGGGUUGAGGGUGAUGCGGGAGCUGGGUAGGGCUAGGGGGCGGAGAACGGCCGUGUCGUCUUCGUUUGGCGUGGCGAGGGAGCUGAGGAGGAGGAGGAUACGGGUGGUAGCUGUUUCGUCCGCGGGUAGUGGACAAGGAGGUGUGCCUAGAUAUGAGAGCUUCGCGUUCCGGGAAGGGGCGGAAACCGGGAGAGGUAGCAAGAGGAACUGGCGGGACGGGCUAGAGCGGGCGGCGGCAACGGAAGGGAGGCGAGCGGUGAGUAUCCAGACCGAGUUGGGCCAGGCGUCUCACCACUAA